AUGGAAUAUCUAUCAGUCCGCCAGAGUACACAAUCAAAAGAUAUAGAGGGAGAGACAUGCAAUGGUGAGGGGGCUCAGAUUGUUUCGGGGCACGGGUUUCGUGCCCCGAACUCGAGCGGCGGGAACACUCCCUCAGCGAGCAGUUCAAGAGACAUUACGAGAGAUGCGGGAGCCAGUGAAGAACAACAAGCACAUGCAGACGCCGCUGGCGAUGUGAAUGAGCCGCGAGCGCCCGAGCAGAUAAAGAUGUCCAAGAGUCAAGAUCUCUUUCAAAGAUAUAAUGAAUCAAGAGAUCUAACGGAACUCAUGAGCGCCAUUGAGCUCGUGGAAGACGUUUUGUCAAGCAUACCUCUUGAACACAUCGUUGGCCGAGUACACUGCUUGAUAAAUCUAGGACAAAUGCUUCUUAGACGAUACGAGGCAUCUGGAGUUGACGAAGAUCUUCAACGGGCAAUUGCUCUUACUGAGGAAUCGGUUGCAAUAAACCCCGUGGGAACCGAUACCCGAGGAUUAGGCAUGCGGAAUUUAUUAGAAAUGAGCAUGAGCAGAUACAGACGUCUUGGAGAUGCGGCAGACUUGAACAGUUGCAUCAAAUGGGCGGAACUAGCACUCUCAGAGUGUCAUCCUGGUGAUCCUAUGCGACCGCAGAGUUUGUCAAAUCUCGCGGGUAUGCUCUUGGUAAAGUUCAAGACAACAAAUUCGGUAGAGGACAUUGAGCGUGCUGCCAAGGUGGCCAAAGAUGCUGUGGAACUAGCACCCUCUGGAUAUCCCGGUUUAUCUGGCAUAAUGAAUGGCAUGGGGGCUAUAAUGAAUACGAAAUUCGACCGGUUUGGACGCUUGGAUGAUCUCGACGAAGCAAUGGUCUGGAUGGAAAAAGCAGUACUUGAAUGCCAACCGAAUGACCCAAAUUAUCCAGUCGCAUUGUGCAACCUUGCCAUAUCGCUCAGUUCUAAAUUUACUCGGUUCGCAGCCCUAAAGGACCUCGACCUCGCCAUUAAGUGGGGAAAAGAAGCCGUAAAUGUGGUGCCUCUAUGGAACCCUUUCCGACCACUAUUAUUAUGUAAUCUUGGCAAUAUGGCACAUAAAAGAUACCUACGAUUGCAUGCAGUGGAGGACCUUGACCUCGCCUUGGAUUCAACUGCAGAAGGGCUCUCUGGGGUUGCACCUGGCGCCCCUGACCGCGCAGAUGUUGUAGCAAGUCUUGGAACCAUGUAUCAUAGUCGGUAUCUGCGAUUCUCCGCGCUGUCGGACCUUGAGGAGGCCAUCAAUCUCAGAUCCAGUAUCCUGGGGAGCUUGUACGAGCAAAGGUAUCAGCGCAAUAGGGAAUACGAUGACCUCGAGAAUGCUAUCAAGUUGACUAGCGACUCUUUGUCUGCGCCUAGCGAUAAUCCCACUCGAGGGGUGUUGCUUAACAAUUUUGCCGUUGCAAUUUCCACCAGAUACGAAUACAGGAAAGCGCAAGCCGUGGAGGACCUUGAGGAGGCCAUCAAACUUAUGGAGUUGAGGGUCUCAAUCACGCCGAGGGAUAAUCCUAAUGAGCGCUCCCAUGGAUUGUGGAUUCUGGGCAAACUCUACAUUGAGCGAUUUAAGUUACUCGGAAGCCGAGGCACGAAGCUUAUUGAGCCUGCAGUGAAGAACCUCGAAGAGGCUUUGGAUACAGUGCCAAAGGAGGAUCCUAAGAGAAUACAUUUCAUUUGGAACUUAUCACAGGCUCUUGAACUUAGGUACCGAAUAUCACAUUCCUUCGACGAUCCGAACAAGAUGGUUACACUCUUACGGGAGAGUUGGAGCUGUCGUGCCGCCCAACCUCGGAGCUUGGUGUUGGCCUCAGUGCUUUCAGCUGCGCAAUAUGCUAAGUUGGGUAUGUUAAAGGAAGCCAGUGCACUUUACAAACAAGGUCUCGGGUUACUCGAUAAAGUGAACCUCCGCUACGUGGGGGGGAGCGACCAGGAGAACUUUUUCACAGAAAGUAUCCCCCCCGAGCUGGGAUCCAUUGCCGUCGGGAUCUGCUUUCUCGCGGGUGAGGAUGCAUCCUCUUGUCUUCGUCUACUAGAACUUAGUCGAGGAUUGAUUAUGGGUGGCGUGAUUGACAGCCGCUGCGAUGUUUCAGACUUACGAUCCCAGCAUCCGGACCUCUGCAACAGAUAUGAUCAGCUCCGAAUAGAGGUUGAUUCGCCGGUACUUCGGGAAAGCACAGAUCAGCUCACUCAAGGCCCAACCUACCGCCGGAGGGAGAAAGCUGUGGAUGAACUGGAGGAAGUCAUGGAUUCAAUCCGCAAGUUACCUGGCUUUGAAGGAUUCCAGCUUCCACCAUGCGCAGAGGACCUCCAAGCUAUGGCGUGCGAGGGUCCAAUCGUCAUCCUGAAUUGCCUAGAGAUCGGAGGCCAUGCCAUCAUUGUUACACCUGAGGCGAUAAAGUCUCUAGAAUUUCCUCAAGGGUUUUAUGAGAAGGUCACCACUCAAAUGGCUGUAUUCAAGCAGUGUUUGAAGUGGAACCGCUCCAACUAUGCUAGCAAAACCAAAGAUAUGAAGAUGUUCCUUGCAUGGUUGUGGGAAGACGUAGUAAAGCCGGUCUUCAGAAAGCUCAACAUCUUGUCUGAGAACGACAAAGGUAAGGGUCCUCAUCAGGAUCCGGAAGAGUUACCCCGAGUCUGGUGGAUUGGUGUUGGGCCUUUAGCAGCGGCACCCUUUCAUGCUGCUGGCAAUCAUAGUAAAGGAUCGAGGGAGAAACACUCUAAGCCGAGCAAUCUCAUCAUAUACACCUACGAUCAAGGCACUUAG